CCGCUUUUUCCGCCCGCGGUCCCGGACGCGCCGAGCCGAGCGGAGCGGCGCCGCCUCCGCCUCAGCCGCCGGCUCCCGGCUCCCGACCACAGCCCGCCGUGGCGGGAGCGCGACCCAGGCCCCGGGAGAACAUUAAGUUGGAUAAAAAAGGGGGGCGAUAAUGCACCACGGCAGCGGCCCUCCGAAUGUCCAGCACCAGCUGCAGAGGUCGCGGGCCUUCGCCGGCAGCGAAGAAGAGCAGCAGGCCCACCCAAACCCACCCCCGUCCCCUGCCGCACCCUUCGCGCCCUCGGCCAGCCCGUCGGCACCUCAGUCCCCCGGGUACCAGGUUCAGCAGCUCAUGAGCAGGAGCCCCGCGGCCGGGCCGAACGUGAACCUCACCCUGCAGAAUGUGGGGCCAGUGGUGGCAGGGAACCCCCCGCUCACACUGGCCCCGCUGCCGCUCCCCAGCCCCACCUCUCCGGGCUUCCAGUUUAGCGCCCAGCCCAGGCGCUUUGAGCACGGAUCGCCAUCCUACAUCCAGGUCACCUCGCCGCUGUCCCAGCAGGUGCAGACCCAGAGCCCCACGCAGCCCAGCCCCGGGCCGGGGCCGGGCCUGCAGAGCGUUCGGGCGGGCACCCCCGGGCCCGGCCUGGGCCUCUGCAGCAGCAGCCCGACCGGGGGCUUCGUGGACGCCAGCGUCCUGGUGAGGCAGAUCAGCUUGAGCCCGUCCGCGGGUGGGCACUUCGUGUUCCAGGAGGGCCCGGGCCUGGCCCAGGUGGCCCAGGGGGCGCCCGUGUCGCUGCAGCACUCGGGGCCUCCCCUCACAGCGCGGGAACGGAGGCUGUCCCAGCCCCACGCUCAGCCCGGCGGGACCGUGCAUCACCUGGGACCCCAGAGCCCCGCCGCCUCGGGCGGGGCCGGCUUGCCGCCCCUGGCCAGCCCCAGCCACAUCACCACGGCCAACCUGCCGCCCCAGAUCAGCAGCAUCAUCCAGGGGCAGCUGGUCCAGCAGCAGCAGCAGGGGCUGCAGGGGCCGCCGCUGACCCGACCUCUGCUGCCCGGGGUCGGGGUGGGGGGCGCCGCAGCCUUCGGGAUGGCGUCCCCGCCGCCCCCCAGCAGCCCCUCCCGGACUGUGGUGCCCCCUGGCCUCUCCAGCCUGCCCCUCUCGUGCACGGGGAGCAGGAAGGCGCCCAAGAAGCUGGAGGAGAUCCCGCCAGCCUCCCCGGAGCUGGCCCAGAUGCGGAAGCAGUGCCUGGACUCUCACCGCCGGGAGAUGGAGGCGCUGCGGGAGGCCUUCAGGGAGUGCCUGAUCGAGCUCUUCUUCCUGCAACACCUGCAAGGGAACAUGAUGGAUUUCCUGGCUUUCAAGAAGAAGCACUACGCGCCAUUGCAAGCUUACCUGAGGCAGAACGACCUGGACCUGGAGGAGGAGGAGGAGGAGGAGGAGGAAGAGGAGGAAAAGUCUGAGGUGAUCAACGAUGAGCAGCAAGCCCUCGCAGGGACCCUGGCGGCAGGGGCUGGAAGUGCAGGCGACACGGACCCCUUUAAGAGGCAGCCGGCGGGGCCCCCAGCAGAGCAGUCUAAGCGACCUCGACUUGAAGCGGGUCACCAAGGGGUGGUUUUCCAGCACCCAGGGGUGAAUGCGGGAGUCCCUCUCCAGCAGUUAAUGCCGACAGCCCAAGGAGGGAUGCCUCCCGCCCCUCAGGCUGCCCAGCUGGCCGGACAGAGGCAGAGCCAGCAGCAGUACGACCCGUCCACGGGGCCUCCAGUGCAGAACGCCGCCAGCCUGCACACGCCGCCGCCGCCGCUGCCUGGCAGGCUGCCCCCGGCCGGCCUCCCCGCUGCGCCCCUGCCGCCCACGCUGCAGUUCCCGCCACAGCCGCCCAUGGGAGAGCCACCGACGCAGCUGCAUGUGCCCGCGAAGGCCCAGCAGCCCAGCGCCCCCAUCCCCUCGUCCCCCGCCAGCCAGCUGCCUGUGCUUCCGCAGCCGGCACAGCCAGCUCUGCUCAGCCCAGUGCCCGGGAAGGUGCAGAUGCAGGCCCCUCUGCCACCAUCCCAGCCACAGACGGUGACGUCCGUGAGACCACCCACAGACCCCACGCAGCCCUGUACACGGCCCCCGCCCGCCGCCUCCACGUCGUCCAUCGCUCCUGGCAGCGGCUCGGGCCCAGGGCCCUCACCCACACGGGCCUCCCCGGUGAAUAGACCCUCCUCAGCAGCCAGCAAGUCGCUGUCUCCAGUCACCUCCCGGUCCCCAGGGGCAGCUGUGUCGGCCCCCUCAAAACCUCAGAGCCCAGCUCAGAAUGCGGCUGCACCCCAGGACGGUUCUCAGGACAAGCUGGCAGAGCAGAUGGCGCUGGAAAACCAGAUCCAUCAGCGGAUAGCCGAGCUGAGGAAGGAAGGCCUGUGGUCCCUGAGGCGGCUGCCGAAGCUGCAGGAGGCCCCACGGCCUCGCGCCCACUGGGACUACCUGCUGGAGGAGAUGCAGUGGAUGGCCACCGAUUUCGCCCAGGAGCGGCGGUGGAAGGUGGCUGCCGCCAAGAAGCUCGUCCGGACAGUGGCGCGUCACCACGAGGAAAAGAAGCUCCGUGAAGAGAGAGGGCGGCGGGAGGAGCAGAACCGAUUGAGACGGAUCGCCGCCUCAACCGCCAGAGAAAUAGAGUACUUCUGGUCGAAUAUCGAACAGGUUGUGGAAAUAAAACUCCAAGUCGAGUUGGAGGAGAAGAGGAAGAAGGCCCUCCAUUCACAGAAGGUCUCCAGGAAAGGAAAGGAGCCACGGCCCAGGGGACCAGACGUGUUGCCCGAAAGUGCUCUGGAUCCAGGAGCACCUGGGAGAAAGCGGAAAGCGAGCGUGUCCCUCACUGACGACGAAGUGGAGGACGAGGAGGAGACCAUUGAAGAGGAGGAGGCCAACGAAGGGGCUGUGGACCACCAGACAGAACUCUCUACUCUGGCCAAGGAAGCGGAGCUGCCCCUCAUUGACUUGAUGAAGUUGUACGAAGGUGCCUUCCUGCCGAAUUUCCAGUGGCCCCAACCUCAGCCUGACAUUGAGGAGACGAGUGAGGAGGAAGACGUGGAAGACAGCCCAGCUGACCAGGAGGGCCGGAAGGAUGUGGUCCUCAUAGACUCGCUGUUCAUCAUGGACCAAUUCAAAGCUGCAGAGAGAACAAGUGUUGGGAAGCCUCACACAAAGGACGUCGCUGAAGUGACCGCCGUGGCCGAAGCCAUCCUGCCCAAGGGCGGUGCUCGGAUCAGCGCCACGGUGAAGCCGGGUGUCCCGUCCCUGCUGUACGGCGCACUCAGGGACUACCAGAAGAUCGGCCUGGACUGGCUGGCCAAGCUCUACCGGAAGAACCUCAAUGGCAUACUGGCGGACGAGGCUGGGCUGGGUAAAACAGUGCAGAUCAUCGCCUUUUUUGCCCACCUAGCCUGUAAUGAAGGCAACUGGGGCCCUCACCUUGUCGUCGUGCGGAGCUGCAACGUCCUCAAGUGGGAGCUGGAGCUGAAGCGCUGGUGUCCGGGGCUCAAAACCCUCCUGUACGUGGGCAGCCACAGAGAACUCAAGGCAAAGAGACAGGGAUGGACCGAGCCCAACAGCUUCCACAUCUGCAUCACGUCCUACAAGCAGUUCUUCCGGGGCUACGCGGCCUUCACGCGGGUGCGGUGGAGGUGCCUGGUCAUCGACGAGAUGCAGCGCGUGAAGGGCCUGAGCGAGCGGCACUGGGAAGCCGUGUUCACCCUGCAGAGCCAGCAGCGUCUGCUCCUGAUCGACGCGCCGCUGCACAACACCUUCCCGGAGCUGUGGACCGUGGUGCACUUCCUCAUCCCCGGCCUCUCCAGGCCCUACCUGCACCUGCCCCUGAAGGCCCCGAACGAGGAGAACCAGGACUACUACCACAAAGUGGUCAUACGCUUACACAGGGUGACGCAGCCGUUCAUUCUGCGGAGGACCAAGAGGGACGUGGAGAAGCAGCUGACGAAGAAGUACGAGCACGUCCUGAAGUGCCGCCUGUCCAGCCGGCAGAAGGCCCUGUACGAGGACGUCGUCCUGCAGCCUGGGACCCAGGAGGCGCUGAAGGGCGGGCGCUUCGUGGACGUGCUGAGCAUCCUGCUGCGGCUGCAGCGCAUCUGCAACCACCCGGGGCUGGUGGCGCCCCGGCGCCCGCAGUCCUCGCUCUCGGCCGGGCCGCUGCGGCUGCGCGUGGCCUCCCUCAUCCUGAAGGCGCUCGACCGGGACGCCUGGAAGGAAACCGAUCUUUCUAUAUUUGACCUCGUUGGCUUAGAAAAUAGAAUGACUCGCCACGAGGCCGAGUGGCUCUGCAAGAAAAGGCUAACCCGGAAGCUCAUCGAGGAGCUCUCCACGGCGCCGCCCCCGCCGGGCAGGCCGCCCGCCGCCAGGCUGAAGCCCAGCAGGUUGUUUCAGCCUGUGCAGUACGGCCAGAAGCCCGAGGGCCGCACGGUGGCCUUCCCCAGCGCUCACCCACCCAGGACAGCCACCUCCGCUGCGGCCACUGCCACCCCGCAGGGCCACGUUCGAGGACGGCCACCUAUCGCCACGUUCUCUGCAAACCCGGAUUCCAAAGCGGCCGCAGCCCCGUUGCAGACCUCUCAGGCUCCCACCGGUGCGCCGAGACCCCAGGCCGCCUCGACCUGCAGCACAGCUCCUAGCCCAGCCCAUCCUGCGAAGCUGCGGGCUCAGACCACUGCCCAGGCCUCCGCCCCGGGCCCGCCCCAGCCCCAGCCCCAGGCCCCCUCGCACCCGGCGGGGCAGAGCGCGCUGCCGCAGGGGCUGCUGCUCACCUCGCAGGCCCAGGCGCGCCUGCCCAGCGGGGAGGUGGUCAAAAUAGCACAGCUGGCUUCGCUUGCAGGACCGCCGAGCCGAGUCGCCCAGCCGGAGACCCCCGUGACGCUGCAGUUCCAGGGGAGCAAGUUCACCCUGUCGCACAGCCAGCUGCGGCAGCUCACGGCCGGCCAGCCCCUGCAGCUGCAAGGCAGCGUCCUCCAGAUCGUGUCCGCCCCCGGGCAGUCCUACCUGCGUCCUCCGGGCCCUGUGGUGAUGCAGACCGUGGCCCAGGCGGGCGCCCUGAGCGCCCUGGGAAGCAAGCCCCCGGCCGGGGGCCCCGGCCCCGCCCCCGCGGCCCCGCCAGUUGGCGUGCCUGGUCGAGUGGCAGUCAACCCCCUGACCGCAGGAGAACCCGGAAUGGCCUCCAAACCCUCCUCCCCCCUCGGAGGGCCAACCCAGGAGGAGAAGACCCGGUUCUUGAAAGAGCGGCUGGACCAGAUCCACUCCGUCAACGAGCGGCGCUGCUCCCGGGCCCCCGUCUACGGCACGGACCUGCUGCGGAUCUGCUCCCGGGCCUGCGGGGAGCGGGGCCCGGGGCCCGGGGCCUUGGGCAGCAGACGCGGGAGGGGGGCCUGGCCAGCGAGCGGCUCCAUGUCACCCUCGAGAAGCCAGAAGGGCCUGAUUUUGACACUGACUCAGCGUCAAGAGUCCCUCCAGGAUGUUGUCGACAGGGUGCUGUGCGUGAUCCCGCCCGUGGUGGCCGCACCCCCGUGCUUGCGGGUGCUGCGGCCGCCCUCCCUCUACAGCCACAGGAUGCGGCUCCUGAGGCACCGCCUGCGGGAGCAGACGGCGCCCUACGCCCAGCAGCUGCAGCGGGUGACGGCCCCGCGCUCACUGCGGUUCCCCGAGCUGAGGCUGGUCCAGCUCGACUCAGGGAAGCUGGAAGCCUUAGCCAUCCUGCUGCAGAAGCUGAAGUCCGAAGGCCGUCGGGUGCUGAUUCUGUCCCAGAUGGUUCUCAUGUUAGACAUUUUGGAGAUGUUCUUGAACUUCCAUUACCUCACCUACAUACGGAUUGACGAAAACGCCAACAGCGAACAGCGGCAGGAACUGAUGCGGAGCUUCAACAGAGACAGGCGGGUCUUCUGCGCCCUCCUGUCCACGCGGAGCCGCGCCCCCGGCGUGAGCCUGGUGGAGGCCGACGCCGUGGUGUUCUACGACCACGACCUCAACCCCGUGCUGGACGCCCGGGCGCAGCAGUGGUGCGACAGGAUCGGGAGGCGCAGGGACGUGCACGUGUACAGGCUUGUGAGUGGCAAUUCCAUUGAAGAGAAGCUCCUGAAGAACGGAACCAAAGACCUGAUCCGGGAGGUGGCCGCCCAGGGCAACGACUACUCCAUGGCGUUCCUGACGCAGCGGACCAUCCAGGAGCUGUUCGAGGUGUAUUCUCCUGUGGACGACGCUGGCUUCCCGGUGAAAGCCGAGGAGUUCGUUGUCCUCUCUCAGGAACCCUCUGUGGCGGAAACCAUCGCGCCCAAAAUCGCACGGCCUUUCAUAGAGGCCCUGAAGAGCAUCGAGUGUCUGGAGGGAGACGCGCAGGAUCCCGCAGGGGAGACCGCGCCCGAGACCUCGGACCCCGGCAGCCCCCAGGGCCAGGAGCCCUCGCAGCUGGAGGAGCUGGCGGACUUCAUGGAGCAGCUUACCCCAAUUGAAAAAUAUGCUUUGAAUUACCUGGAAUUAUUCCAUACUUCCAUCGAUCACGAAAGAGAGAGGACCAGCGAGGAUGCUGUGCUGACUGCGGUGAGCGCCUGGGAGGCCCAGAACCUGCGGGCGCUGCGGGAGCAGGAGGCCAGGGCGCUGCGGGCGUUGGAGCAGGAGCAGCUGCUCACCUACACCCGGGAGGACGCCUACAACGCGGAAUACAUCUACGAAGGUGCAGACGGGCAGACGGAAGUCAUGCCGCUGUGGACGCCGCCCACACCGCCCCAGGACGACAACGACAUCUACGUAGACUCCGUCAUGUGCCUCAUGUACGAGACCACGCCCAUCCCGGAGUCCAAGCUGCCGCCCGUGUACGUGAGGAAGGAGCGCCGGCGACACAGGACAGACCCCUCGGCGGCGGGCAGGAAGAAGAAGCAGCGUCACGGGGAGGCCGUCGUGCCCCCGCGGUCGCUGUUCGACCGCGCGACCCCCGGCCUGCUGAAGAUGCGCCGGGAGGGGAAGGAGCAGAAGAAGAACCUCCUGCUGAAGCAGCAGACACAGUUCGCCAAGCCUCUGCCCACUUUUGCCAAACCGGCCGCCGAGUCAGGUCCCGACAACCCGGAGUGGCUCAUCAGUGAGGACUGGGCACUGCUGCAGGCUGUGAAGCAGCUGCUGGAGCUGCCGCUGAAUCUCACGAUCGUGUCCCCGGCCCACACGCCCAACUGGGACCUGGUGAGCGACGUCGUUAACUCCUGCAGCCGCAUCUACCGCUCCUCCAAGCAGUGCCGCAGCCGCUACGAGAGCGUGCUCAUCCCCCGGGAGGAGGGGAAGAGCAAGAACAACCGUCCGCUGCGCACGGGGCAGAUCUACGCCCAGGACGAGAACGCCACGCACACGCAGCUGUACACGAGCCACUUCGACCUCAUGAAGAUGACGGCCGGGAAGAGGAGCCCCCCCAUCAAACCCCUGCUGGGCAUGAACCCCUUCCAGAAGAACCCCAAGCACGCGUCUGUGCUGGCAGAAAGCGGAAUCAACUACGACAAGCCCCUGCCCCCGAUCCAGGUGGCGUCUCUCCGCGCAGAGCGCAUCGCCAAAGAGAAGAAGGCGCUGGCCGAUCAGCAGAAGGCGCAGCAGCCGCCCGUGGCGCAGCCCCCACCGCCCCCUCCGCAGCCGCAGCCGCCGCCGCCCCAGCAGCCGCCGCCGCCCCUGCCCCAGCCGCCGGCAGCAGGCACCCAGCAGCCCUCAGGGCCGCCCACCGUGCAGCCCCCCGCCCCAGCGCAGCCCCCGGCACAGCCGGCACAGCCCCCGCCAAAGGCGUCGCCCGCGAUCACGACCGUGGGCAGUGCUGCCGUGCUGGCAGGAGCCAUCAAAACGUCCGUGACGGGGACAAGCAUGCCGGCAGGCACAGUGAGCGGGAACGUGGUCGUGAGCACCAUCGCGGGCGUCCCUGCCGCCACCUUCCAGUCGAUUAACAAGCGCCUCGCUUCGCCCGUGGCACCUGGAGCCUUGACGACCUCCGGAGGCUCAGCGCCUGCCCAGGUGGUCCACACCCAGCCUCGGGCAGUUGGCUCCCCGGCCACUUCUGACCUGGUGUCCCUGGCGCCGACGCAGGGCGUCCGAGCGGUCACCUCCGUGACAGCCUCAGCUGUUGCCACGACCAGCCUGACCGCAGUGCAGACCCCAACCCGGUCUUUGGUGACUCAGGUGUCCCAAGCCACAGGGGUUCAGCUCCCGGGGAAGACCCUCACGCCCGCGCACUUCCAGCUCCUCCGGCAGCAGCCGCCGCCGCCACCGCCGCCGCCCUCCCAGGCGCAGGUCCCACAGCUCCAGGGCCAGGCCCAGUCACCCGCACAGAUCAAAGCUGUCAGCAAGCUGACCCCGGAACACCUGAUCAAGAUGCAGAAGCAGAAACUGCAGCUGCCCCCACAGGCGCCGCCGCCACAGGCCCCGCCGGGCCCCCCGCCGCCCCCCGCCCAGGUGCAGCCCUCGCCCCCCGCACAGCAGCAGAGCCCCCAGCUCACCGCCGUGACGGCCUCCCGGCCCGGAGCCCUGCUCACGGGCACUACCGUGGCCAACCUGCAGGUGGCCCGGCUCACACGGGUCCCCACAUCGCAGCUGCAGACGCAAGGCCAGAUGCAGGCCCAAGCGCCCCCACCGGCGCAGGUGGCCCUGGCGAAGCCCCCGGUGGUGUCCGUGCCCGCAGCUGUGGUCUCCUCGCCGGGCGUCACGACCUUGCCCAUGAACGUUGCUGGGAUCAGCGUGGCCAUUGGGCAGCCGCAGAAAGCCACAGGGCAGACCGUCGUGGCCCAGCCCGUGCACGUGCAGCAGCUGCUGAAGCUGAAGCAGCAGGCCGCGCAGCAGCAGAAGGCCAUCCAGCCGCAGGCGGCCCCGGGCCCGGCGGCCGUCCAGCAGAAGAUCGCCGCCCAGCAGAUUGCUGCUCAGGGCCAACCCCAGAAGGUCACCUAUGCCACCCAGCCCACCCUUAAAACCCAGUUUCUCACCACACCCAUCUCCCAGGCUCAGAAACUGGCAGGGACUCAGCAGGUGCAGACCCAGAUCCAGGUUGCAAAGCUCCCUCCAGUUGUACAGCAGCAGACCCCCGUGGCCGGCAUCCCACAGGUCGCCGCUGCUUCCCAGCAGGCGUCCCCACAGACUGUGACCCUCACGCAGGCGACAGCCGCCGGGCAGCAGGUCCAGAUGAUCCCUGCGGUGACUGCCACCGCACAGGUGGUCCAGCAGAAGCUCAUGCAGCAGCAGGUGGUGACAACGGCAGCGGCCCAGCUGCAGGCCCCCGGCGUCCCCAACCCCACGCAGGUGCCAGCCAGCGCCGACAGCCCGAACCAGCAGCCCAAGCUGCAGAUGAGAGUCCCUGCCGUCCGGUUGAAGACGCCCACCAAACCUCCGUGCCCCUAGUCAGGAACGCGGGCGGCCUCCGGGCAGGCCACUGCGCGCGCCCCUGCCCAGCCGGAGCCUGCAGGCUUCACGGAUCGUCGAACCUCGGGGCGGCAUCA